AUGGAGGGGUCUUUGGGAGGGAGAGAGCACUCCAAAAAGAGAGACAACGAAACACCGUCACGCCGGUCAAUACAACUACUACUUCUCGUUCUUCCAUACAGCCACAGUUCCUUCUUUCUGGUGGGUCCGUCGCUGGAAUUCUUCAACGAUAUCGGUGGAUUUAUCUAUAUCUUUUAACGAAAAAAGUUCAUUUAGCUGUUACUAAAAGCCCGUGAAAGAAUGGCGUCAUUCUCCGGAUCACAUGCGUGAUAGUUUAUUGCCUCUUUAAGAGGACAUAAGGACAUAUGCCGAUAGUCUCAAUUAUUGAGCUUUUAUGUUAUUUUUUCUCGUUUUGUGCCAUAAUCUGGUCAUGGAUCCGUCUGUCGUCAAAUGCUAUUUCGAUUUUCCAUUUUUUUAUUUCGAAAUCUAUGACUCAUUUGUUGGUUAUAUAGGGGUUCAAUGUACGAUGACAUCAACUCAGCCCUUCUUUUUCUACCGUAGUUUAUACUUCCCUUUAGGGGGCUCCCAUUUUGGAUCGACUUAGGUCCCACCACGAUAUAUUUCUCCCAAGCCACGCGAUAAAAAUUCAUACGCUGAACAGAAAAAAUAAAAGAAAUUAUCUUCCAUUUUUCAGGUUUCUGUUUUCCAGACGCUUGAAUUGAACUGUCCGCCGAGCUACAGGUGUAUGACAUUGAGUUUCAAAGAAGGCACUAAGCGUUUUAUGGUUGACAGCCUACAAGGUGAGUUUUGGUCGAUCUUUAUUGUGUUUUAAGAUUAUCAGUUCAGAAAAAAGUACUGAAGACUUGUUUUUAUAUUUAUUGAUCGCAGUAAUCGAUAAAAUGCAAUUCUGUCUUGUUAUCUGGUGCAAUAUACCUAAUUUCAGGAAGGUUGUCUCGUAAACGAAAGAAACUGAAGCAGCUUGCCGAGUGCUCAUCCCUUGGCAAUCACGCCGGGCUCAGAGCAAAUAACGUAUGCAAUUUGGGGUCAGAAACUCUGUCGCCAUUUUCGGAAUUUCAGUCCUCGACUCAAUUUCCGGUCGUUUCCGAUCGGUUAGUCAUUGUAAGUGAACUUACCGUGGAAAUUUGCAUGAGUGAUGUAUGGGGACCUCUCCACAAACCUGGAGUUUAAUCAUUUUCGCUGAUCUUUUCCUGAAUUGGAACGGUUGUUUUGCCAGUCCUCCGCUACAUCGUUUCAUGCAUAUUGGUUUCCCCCUUGUAGUCAUCAACAUUCUGGAGACUUUAAUUUUAGUGUCUUCCUUAA